CUCAGACUGCUGAUCAGGCUUUGUACUUCCUCACUACACUCAGAAAGACCACAGUGUAGUACAUUUUCUGGAGAGGAUAGCAAAGGAUUUACAGAAUAAUUCAGCCUGCUUCAGAAUGAGGAAGAAAACAUCUAUGUUGGUCUUCCUGUUGAUACUGCUGUCAGUGCUUUGUGCAACUGAUGUCACUGACGCACAGAGAGAUUGUGGAGAGUGCUACAGAAUGGAUGCUGGUGCCAUUACUGGAAUCAUAGUCGGGGACAUCGUAAUCACAGUGCUCAUUGCUCUGACUGUAUUUUAUUUUGCAAACAGGAUGAACAAGAAAGCGAGGCUAAAAGGUGAUAUGAAGAUGAGUGAAAAAUCCAGCAUGAAGAUGCAAGAAAAAUGCAAAGUGGAAAGCCUGGAAACAGAAUCACCCUACCAGGAACUUCAUGGCCAGAAAGCAGAGAUUUACAGUGACCUGAGGCAUCAGUACAAGUGAUUUAAUUUUAUUCAGUGCAGGAAUGUAACUGAAAAUUACUUAUGCCAUGCUUGCCUUCCUCCAGUUAUCUGAAACUUCACUGUCUAUUUUUUGGUUUAUAAAUGCUACAUAAUAAAUGUAUUGAUGAUAUAAUAAACAUUUUUGUAGGGACAA